AUGGAUCUUGACGGCGGCGGCGGCGGCGGUGGCGCCACGGCCGGCACGGCGGGGGAGAAGGCAGCGGCGACAACCGAGAAGACACCUUCGAGCUGUGGCUGGAGGCCUUUGACGCUGCGAGCAAGGAGGAGGCUGAGGCGAUUGUCGAGCGGAUCUACAGAUGAAGGCAGUUGGUGGCUUGGUGCCAAGGUCGUUAUGGACUUAUCAGAACAAGCCUUUUCAAUGAGGAUGACAUUCUUCUGGAGCUUCUAUGUUCUGAAAGAGCUAUCUGCUUUCAUUCUGAUACAGCUCUUAUUUAGUUGUGCUAUAUUCUUUUUCGUCAGUGUCCAGUGUCAUGCUUUGACAGGCAGUUGCAUGAACUGA